AUGAAGGAUUUUGAUGUAAUCCUAGGAAUGGACUGGUUGUCUGCUCACGGAGCAACUGUCAUGUGUGUGGAAAGGAAGAUCGUGUUUAAGCUUAAGGAAGGAGAUGAAUUUACCUACAAAAGUGAACCUGUGAGGAAGCCCAAGAAGGUGACGAUAUCCGCACUCCAAGCGAAGAAGUUACUGGAUGAAGGGUGCCAAGGAUAUCUGGCUACAAUUAUGGAUAUAAAAGCAAAGGUAAAACCAUUGGAGGAGUUAGAUGUAGUUCAGGAAUUUCCUGAUGUGUUUCCCGAAGACCUAACUCAACUGCCAACAGAGAGAGAAAUGGAAUUUGCAAUAGAUCUGAUUCCUGGGGCAGCCUCGGUGUCUAAAGCACCGUAUCGUAUGGCGCCUAUAGAGCUGAAGGAGUUACAAAUUUAG